CAGUGCAGAGUGCCGUCAGCCUCUGGGCUCCGCCGCGCGGGGAUUGAGAUUCCGGAUCGUGUCGGCCCCUCCCUCGGGCUCGGCCGCUGCACAGUUGGGGCUCGGUGCCCGCGGGGGGCGGGCUGAGGGCUCCCCCCGGGGGCGGACACUGCCCGCGUGGGCGGGGCUGCCCCCCUGUGGGAUGUGUGCGCGCGGGGUGGUCCCCUUUUCCUUGUGACCGGGCCCCUGCGCUGGCUGCGGGGCGCGUCCCUCUCCCCCCACCAACGCCGCCAUGCAGCCCCCCGAGCCCUGGUUUCGCCAACGCGUCCAGUAACGCUGGUAGUUUGUUCGCAGCAACAGCCCUGGAAGGAGGAGAAAUGCAAGAGGAGGGAGAGUGAGAGGGAGAGGGGGAGGGCACGUUGACAUCUGUCUGAUACUAGACUGGUGAAUGGGAAGAAGGUCCCAUCUGUGACCUGUUUGUGGAAGCUGAGAUGAUGAAGGCUCUUCAGUGGGAUCAUGCUGUGGUACAGGGUUGAAGCUCCAUCCCGUAUGUGAUAGUGGUAGAGCAAUUGGAAAGGUUACAUGCAGAGUUCUGGUAAACUAGGAUGGAAGAAUCUCAUUUCAACUCCUCCCCGUACUUCUGGCCAGCAGCGCCCACAGUCUCGGGACAGAUCGAGAAUACCAUGUUCAUUAACAAGAUGAAGGAGCAGCUAUUGCCCCCAGAAAAGGGCUGCAGCCUGGCUCCCCCCCACUACCCCACCCUGCUGACGGUACCCACCUCUGUCGCCCUACCCACCGGCAUCUCCAUGGAUUCAGAGACCAAGUCGGAGCAGCUGACCCCGCACAGCCAAGCCCCCGUGACCCAGAACAUCACCGUGGUGCCAGUGCAGUCUGCCGGGCUCAUGACAGCAGGUCCUGGCCUGGUGAUUACUUCCCACUCGGGUUCCCUGGUGACCACAGCCUCCUCUGCCCAAACCUUCCCCAUCUCAGCCCCAAUGAUUGUCUCUGCACUACCCCCUGGCUCCCAGGCUGCCCUCCAGGUGGUGCCUGACCUGUCGAAGAAGGUGAUAACCUCCCUUUCUGAAGGUGGGGGUGGGGGAGUUGCCCCUAAACCUCCCCGGGGCCGGAAGAAGAAGAGACUGCAGGAGUCGGGGCUGCCAGAGAUGAGCGAUCCAUUUGUGCUGUCAAACGAGGAUGAUGAGGACCAGCACAAGGAUGGCAAGACAUACAGGUGCCGGAUGUGUUCGCUGACGUUCUAUUCCAAGUCGGAGAUGCAGAUCCACUCCAAGUCUCAUACGGAGACAAAGCCACACAAGUGUCCUCACUGCUCCAAGAGCUUUGCCAACAGCUCCUACCUGGCCCAGCACAUUCGCAUCCACUCAGGGGCCAAGCCCUACACGUGCAGCUACUGCCAGAAGGCCUUCCGCCAGCUCUCCCACCUGCAGCAGCACACACGGAUCCACUCCAAGCUUCACACAGCGAUUGUCAAGCCGCACAAGUGUCCUCACUGCUCCAAGAGCUUCGCCAACACGUCCUACCUGGCUCAGCACCUCCGCAUCCACUCGGGGGCCAAGCCCUACAGCUGCCGCUACUGCCAGAAGGCCUUCCGCCAACUUUCCCACCUGCAGCAGCACACACGCAUCCACACUGGGGACCGACCCUACAAAUGUGCCCACCCAGGCUGUGAAAAGGCUUUCACCCAGCUCUCCAACCUGCAGUCCCACAGGCGGCAGCACAACAAAGACAAACCGUUCAAGUGCCACAAUUGCCACCGCGCGUACACAGAUGCUGCCUCGCUGGAAGUUCACCUGGCUACGCACACAGUGAAGCACGCCAAGGUCUAUACCUGCUCCAUCUGCAGCCGGGCCUACACCUCAGAGACAUACCUGAUGAAGCACAUGCGGAAACACAACAUCCCUGACCCACAGCAGCAAGUGGCACAGGCCCAAGUUCAGGCCUCCCAACAGCAGCACUUCCAGCCGCAGGGUGGUGGGGCAGCGGGGGGCCCUUCUGGAGACACUAACCCCCCCAACCCUCCAUCCCAUUGCUCCUUUGACUUGACCCCUUACAAGACUUCAGAGCACCACAAGAACAUCUGCCUCACUGUCAGCACCAGCACCAUCCAGGUGGAACAUCUCUCCAGCUCCUAAGAGAGACUUUGACCCAGGGAGCAGAAAACCUCUCGUGCAUAGCCUAUGCCCGGGGGCAAUGCUUGUGCAAUGGCCCCUCCUUGUGCAACAGCCUCUGGCCUCUCCUUGUGCAACAGCCUCUCCUGGCAGUGUACCCUGUUAAUGGCAGCCCCUGGAGUGAUAGCUUGUCUUCACAGGCAUCUUAUGCAACAGCCUGCUCCAAAGAGGGGAUACUCUCACCUGCAAGAGCCCCCUUCCUGUGCUGGGAGCCAGCUCCUCACACACGAGCCCUUGAGUUCACACACACAAGAAAGUCCUAAUUUUUGCCUCCUGUAUAAUUUUAAAAUGUGUCUUGAAGGCUGGUGGAGGGGGCACCCUCUGGGCCACACGUGGCAGGAUGGGAUGGAAAGAGGCUGUUUUUGUGCAGAGGGGCUUGGAUGCAUGCUGACAGCAGGGCAUUGAAGGUUCUGACAGGGUUCACUGUGUGGGUUUUUUUUAGGAUUUUCUAAUGUGGCUAAAGGAAAACAUUCAUUCCCCUCUCUUACUUGUGAAAGUGAGGAGGGAUCAGUUCUCCAGCCCUGGGCUCGGAUAAUUUCCCUGCUCCCUGGGUGAAAGGGAGAACUCUUGGGGACGGGAGGUGAUACGUAUUCCCUGGGUUUGAGAUUGCCUAAGCUGUCGGAGGAUGUGGGAGGGCUGCAAUUUCUCUUCUCCCCCGCUGGAGAACACGGGCAGGGUCUGUCUGGUCCAGCUGCCCUGUCUGCCACCCAACUGUAGGAGAGAGACCACCCCACAGAGAUCCAGGGGAGUGGGUUCCAGGUCACUGCUGGGCCUUCCCUUUGUGAAUAAUGCAAUAGUAGCUCAGUCUCCAUCUCCCCCCAAAAGAGUCUGCAGGCAGCAUCAGGAAACCAAAAAAGCAGUGGGAGGAUAAGAGACUGCCACAAUGCUCAUUGCCCACCCUUCCCAUGUCCCCUUCCCAGAAACGAGGGGCAGGGGUUCUGACCCUCACCCUUCCUCUGCUCAGUUCAGCAGUCUGGCUUCUGGUUCCCAAAGCAGGAGGCGGAACAGACCAGCCUCUUCAAGGAGGCAGGAAAAGGCUAAUUCCUCCUGCUCGCGUCUCACCAUGGGCAUUCUUCCAGGCUCCCCCUUGCCAAGACGGGCUGGACUCACAUGGUAAUGGUGGCCUCUUUUAGAAACAGGACCAGAUGGAUUCCCCAGAAGGUGGACAAUUGAGGGAAGGGAACAGAUACCCCCACAAGGAGAGAACCAAUGAGAAGGGGGAGCCGCCAAGAAUAAACUGAAAGCCCCUUGAAUUUAUUAAAAAAAAAAUCUAUUUCCUAUCCCUGGCCCGCUCUGUUCUUGCUGUAACUGUUUCUAUCUCUGUGUUUAUAAAAUGCAUUAUCCAGGCAAA